AUGGAGGAGACAUCGAAGGAGACUCCUUUCUUUGCAUUCCGCAUCAAUGUGUCUCUCAUAGUCUACAAGGUCUUCUAUUUCAGCUUUUGGGGAGCUAUUGGUUGCUAUCUGUCGUAUCUCAGUCUUUAUCUAAAACAACUUGGCUUUUCCCCCGCCAAUGUUGGCAUUGUCAGUGCUUUAAGACCCCUGUCAGGGUUCGUUUUGCUACCGGUCAUCGCAGCAGCUUCGGACCGGUUCAGAUGCCGGAGAGCAAUUUUGAUAACGAGCAUCCUGCUCAGUGCAGUGACUGCCGGGGCGCUGGCACUCUUACCCCAUGCACCUGAGGCCCCCUGUGACGUGAUGGAGAAGCAGAUAAAGAAGUUUUUCCAUCUAAAUAUCUCUCUUUCCCAACCAGACGGCCAGGGAGGCUACUCCGAUUUCUCUCAAUCUUCACGUGUGGACAACCUGUUGCCAGGUUUUCUUGGCCCUCCGGGGUUGCUAGGUUCUAACCCAAUCCUGCACAUACCGUUUGGCGACGCCUCAACGAACACCACCUUCCACGAUGUCAAGAAAUUGCCCGAGAAGAUUCAGAAGACUCUCAUCGCCAACCAAAGUUGGAUGUACUACCAGGCAGAUCUCCACAAACUCCUCGUCGCUGUGAUAGUCCUGGCAACCGUGAUGGAGGUCAUGAUGUUCAGCGCCAUUUGUCAGGGGGACAUCGCUACUUUGGACGCUCUACGACGCGAACACGGCAAUGCUGAUCAGUACGGAUGGAACCGCGCCUUCGGGACUGUGGGAUGGGGAACUUGUUCAACCCGUACCGCAGUAGUCACCUGUGGCUUUGAGCAUGUCGCCACCGGCUACUGGACCGCUUUUGCGGCAGCUGUGGUCGUCAGCAGCGGCGCUUUUGUCUCCACCUUCUACUUCGGACCAUACACGAACAUGCAUUAUGAAGAAACGAAAGAUGACUCUGGUGACUCUGUGGCUUCGUCUCCGGGGAUGAGUCCAAUCAAGGCGGUGGUGUUCAGCUGGCAUUACGGUUCCGUCUUCAUCAUGAUUGCCUUCCUGGGUCUGUGCAACGGAUCCAUGUGGGCAUUCCUCUAUUGGCAUCUGGACAAUAUGGGGUUGGGCUCCAUUCUGACGUGGAUCACGACGGUAGCAUACCUGAACGAUGCUGUUCCACCGCAGUGUCGGUCCACUGUGCAAGGCAUUCUGGUCGCCGCGUAUAACGGCUUGGGAGCAGGGCUUGGAUUCUUCACCUCCGGUCUGCUCGUCAACAGAUUCGGAGCAUCACAAACGUUUGGCCUCUUCGCAGUUUCCUGUACCGCGUUUUUUGUUGUGUUCCUGAGCAUUCAAGGGCUCUCAAAGAUACCACCUACCCCUUGGAAAGACGAACACGAGGAGAAACAAGCGCUGCAGAAAGAAGUCAAGGAUCCAGAUGAAGAAGAUGCACUCUUAAACCGUCAAUGA